CAUAUUGCAUCUUGUAUCCACAUAAAACAAAUAAAAGGUUACACAUACAGCAAUCAUUUCAUCUGUCAAGAAGAUGGGUUCAACAUCAGCAUCUGUGAAUGUUCCAGUGGGAGCAAACCAAGAUGAUCAAUCUUUCUUGUUUGCAAUGCAAUUGGCAUCCGCAUCUGUCUUGCCAAUGGUGUUGAAAACCGCCAUCGAGCUUGAUCUGCUUGAGACCAUUGCCAAGGCGGGUCCAGACGGUCUGCUUUCGUCUUCUGAGCUGGUGGCUCAGCUCCCCAAGGUUAACAACCCCGAAGCACCCGUGAUGGUUGACCGGAUUUGUAGACUUCUGGCUAGCUAUUCUGUGCUCACAUGUACUCUCAAGGAGACUGUGGACGGGUGCACUGAGCGGUUCUAUGGUGUGGCUCCGGUGUGCAAGUUCUUGACCAAGAAUGAUGGUGGUGUUUCAUUGGCACCCUUGUUGCUCAUGAACCAGGACAAGGUUCUCAUGGAGAGCUGGUACUAUCUAAAAGACGCGGUUUUAGAUGGUGGAAUCCCAUUCAACAAAGCUUAUGGUAUGUCAGCCUUCGAAUACCAUGGCAAAGAUCAAAGAUUUAACAAGGUUUUCAAUAGUGGAAUGUUUAAUCAUUCCACCAUGACAAUGAAAAAGAUUGUAGAUUUGUAUGAUGGUUUUAGUGGUCUCAAAACACUAGUUGAUGUUGGUGGUGGCACUGGUGCAAGUCUUAACAUGAUCACCUCUAAACAUACUUCACUCAAGGGUGUAAACUUUGAUUUACCGCAUGUUAUUGAAGAUGCCACUACUUAUCAUGGUAUUGAGCAUGUUGGAGGGGAUAUGUUUGAAAGUGUACCGAAAGGAGAUGCUAUUUUUAUGAAGUGGAUACUUCAUGACUGGAGUGAUGCACACUGCCUGCAAGUUCUAAAGAACUGCUACAAAUCACUUCCGGAAAAUGGGAAAGUGAUUGUGGCCGAAUGCAUUCUUCCUGAGGCACCCGACUCGACUCCAGCUACCCAAAAUGUGAUACACAUCGACGUGAUUAUGUUGGCUCACAACCCGGGUGGCAAAGAGAGAACCGAGAAAGAAUUUGAGGCUUUAGCUAAAGAGGCAGGUUUCAAAGGUUUCAACAAGAUUGCUUGUGCUCUCAAUACAUGGGUUAUGGAAUUUUGCAAAUAGACUUCCAUUUAAAUAAACAAAUGUAAUUUGACUUGUUAAUUGUUGGAAAUCUUAUUUCCGAUAUUCUUAUAAUAAUAAUAGUAAUACAUCUUUUGGGCGAUA